AUGAGCUCUUCGCUUCCGAAAAGCGAAUCCACCACAUCCCUCAUCAAAUCCAAUACAGUGCCGAUGAACCGGAAAUCCGGAAAACGCGCCGAACCCACAAGCCACCGCAACGGUCACCGGCACGCGGGAGGUGGCAACGAGGAUUCCUGCUGGAGCGAAGAGUGCGAUGCCACCGCCCGGAGACCCCUGUGCCAGCCCAAACACGCCAGAAACGGAGGAGGUGGUGGUGGAAGAAGACCGGAAAAGUUUCAAUGUCAAGACGGAUAUUAUCAGGAGGAUGGACCCGACCGGCACUCCAAAGAACAACGCAAACCAUCUCAGAACCGUCACACAAUUGACCCUCCUGUGCAACACCACAGGAGUUCCCGCACCAGCGGGACGCCUUCGCCGACAACAUCCCUCUCCAAGGGCUCGGACGAAGCUGCGUUGUUCUUUGAAACGAAGGACAAGCAUCGGAUCGGCUCGAAUCAGAGCCUCACUUCCAGUUCACCUCCAGCAUCAGCACCACUCCAGCCCGGCAGCAUGCGCGUCCCCGGGAGAGCUGCCCUUGAUGCAGACCUUCAUCCGAUAGUUAAAUCAGUCUUCGGACAGAACAGGGAGUUGAGACCAGAGGAAAUGGAUGAGCUACGAGAAGCUUUCAAAGAGUUUGAUAAAGAUAAAGACGGUUUCAUUGGCUGUAAAGACCUUGGGAACUGCAUGAGAACUAUGGGAUACAUGCCUACAGAAAUGGAGCUCAUUGAACUGAGUCAACAGAUUAACAUGAACUUGGGUGGACAUGUGGACUUUGAGGACUUUGUGGAGUUGAUGGGCCCUAAACUUCUGGCUGAAACUGCAGAUAUGAUUGGAGUAAAAGAGCUAAGAGACGCCUUCAAAGAGUUUGACACCAAUGGAGAUGGUCAGAUCAGUACAGCAGAACUAAGAGAAGCCAUGAAGAAGCUGCUCGGACAGCAGGUGGGUCACAGAGAUCUGGAGGACAUUCUGCGGGACAUUGAUUUAAAUGGAGACGGACAUGUUGACUUUGAAGAAUUUGUACGAAUGAUGUCUCGCUAGAGGAAAGGUGGACAGACCACAUUAAAAACUGAAUCUCCUGUGCUCCAAAAAAGAUGAGGAUGGAGGAGAUGAAGAGGUGAAGAAAGAUAAGGAUGAAACGGAAGCAGCCUCAUGAGAGGAACUUCUGAAACAUGACCUCUGACCUCAAGGCACAAUUGAAAGGAAACUGCACUAUAACCCUUCAUAACAGCUUUUAUGAUCCCAACAAUGGGAAAUGUGAGGAAAACACACUGAUACUGUGAUCUCUGACAUCUCGGUGCAACAGAAUUUGCAUCCCACAGGAAACCUGUGAGGGGUCUGGUGCACAAAAUGACCUAAGAUAAUGCUUAAAGAGCAACAUUUGGCUUCAAAAUUGUGACUAAUCAAACUAUUCAGUCCAGAAAUGUCCAAAUAUCCUGUAGCCUACUUACAUUUCUGCGCUGGCAUCUCCUUAUCACAUCUAUUUUGUGAAAGUAGGGUGCCACAGACCAAUUGCAAUAACACUGCUCUUUCCUGUUUUAAGCUAUUUAUUCAUAUUUGUAAAGUACAAAGAGAUGAGUGUGAGAGUAUAGUUUUCCUUUAAGAGACUGACUGUUUUACAGUAGCCUUUGAAAUAUUAGAUUAUUACUCACAAAGAUUUUAUUUUAUAUAUCAGUGCACUGGAAAAUGCUGGAAAACCUUUGCUAUUGAUAAUUUGUUCUUUAUUGUACAAUACAUUGGACCUAUGCACUACUGUAUGUUUGGGCAUCAUUUUGAAACUUUUGCCAUGAAGAUGAAGAACAUUAAAUUGCCCUUGUUUGCACACUGUCAUGCAUGAAUGCUAGUGCAGACACAGCAAUGAUUCAAAAGUUGACUGGCUUACUGUUGUAAACAUACUUUGUGAAGUUUUGUCAUGUAUUUAAAAUGCUGUGAGUUCAUUUAAGUCAA